UCUUUCAGUUUUGUUUCAGUAUUUAAUCGUAUCAUACUUUUUUUUUAAAGAUCAUUUGGAAAAAAAAUAAUCUUUUAUGAUUUUGUAUAUGAAAAUUGUAUAUGAAUUCCACGUAUCUUUAUAAAAUUUGUAAAUUUAUUUUACGAUCUGAUUCCAGAGUUCAAGGAGCAAGCAAUAGUCAGUUAAAUAAGAAAAGUUUCUUUAUUCAAAAAAGAAUUUCCCGGAACAUUCGAUAUCGCGAUAUUCGGUAUUUUCACAUAAUAAAAUCAAAGUAUAUUCCAAACAAUAAAAUUCCACGAAAACAUCGUUCGAGAACAGAGGUGAACACUCGAAGCUAUAAACAUCAUUGAAAACGAAAACCGUUCUUGCCCCCCGACACGCGGAACAGUCUUACGCAACGAAGAUUCCCCGCUGCUACCGUAUCCUCGACAAUUUUGUCAAUUUCCGUGGAUACGAUCCCGUUACGCGAAACCAGAAUCUCUGAGAAAACACUGAACGGUAGCCUAUUCGCGCAACGCGUAUCAAAUCUAACUCGGCCGAUUCAUCGAUACCCUCCCUUCGAAUGCACACAAGCAACGAGUAUUGAUCCAAUUACCAGUAUAUAGGAUCGCGUCAAUUAACCUUUAGUGGUCUCAAAUCGAAGGAUUUCCUUUCACGAAAUCGAUCGAGAAAUGGAUAGAUUCGAAACGGAUCCACCGCUAUCCUUAAAUUAUUUCUUCUCUCAUUUCUAAUUGGAAUACGCGAUGGUCGGAUUCUCGACGGAUGUAAAAAUAAAAUUGCAAUCGAUAGGAUAUUUCCAGAUUUUUCGUACAGGAAAUUAAUGACACGUAAAUCGAAGGGAGGGAGCGAACAAUUAGCGAAUCCACCACCAAAUUUACUCUGAAAAACUGUGAGAAACUGUAAUUUCUUCGUUGCAACUAUACGAGACAUCUUGAAUUCUUUUCAACUGUUCGACAAUUUCCAUGGGUCGAGGAUGCUCCCGGUUCCGUUAGACGAGUGCGAAACGGAAUCUUCGCGGAAACGCUUCUCGAAGCGACAGUAGUUCCUGCCGAACAAUGACCCUUUUUAUUACUCUUGGAAACGACCGUCAAGCUUGCCUCGGUCGUUUGUAUUCCGUUCGUUCAACGGUUGACGGAUCGUUCGAAUUUUGCGCCGUUUGAUUUUUUUUCCUUUGCAAUAUUUAUUCUUCGUUUCGUCUUAACCGUAAAAAUUCGUUUGUACAAAUUCGUUUUAUUUGGAAUUUCUUUUUUUUUGUCACCAAUAGGUAAAUGAUAAAGAGAAACAUAUCGGCUGAUUAGAUUUCAUGAUUGCAACAGAUGAUAAGAAGGAAAGGACGAGUCGAGGUGGCGAUUCCUCGUGAUAAAUGAAGUAAUAAGGAUUAAGGAGAAGCGUGGAGCGGUAUCCAUCGUGACAGAAAGAAGUAAGUUACUGUUAUGCAAUAAAGAAUAAGUUAUCGUCGUGAUCCAUCGACGGCCGCAGUUAUUACGAGGCAAAUCAUAUUUUCUCGUCACCAGACUGUCCUCGUGGCAGAUUAUUUUUUAACAGCGGUACCACCUUAUUGACAUAUCCUUCACGAUAUUGUUCACCGUUAAAUGUACCGGGUGGCUGGUGAUGCAUGAAUAAUGCACCGUAAUGACAGCGCAGCCUGCGCCAUCGCGUAUCGACACGUACGAUUUCGCCUUUCGAACGACGCCUGAUUCCCAUCUUUACUGACAAUCCACCCUUUGUUCGAUAUUUACCGACCGCCUUAUCCCUUGUCUCGGAUUUAAAAUCCUCGUAAAAAGAUCAACCAUCCCGAUGCCAUUUCUUGCGACUAGUUCUAGGAGUUGGCUCUCUCGAAACGAUAAUCGAUUCGAAAUGCUCGAUUCUGUUCCGAUCCGUUCCCGGCAUCAAAAGGCGUCGCCACCCAAACCAACGGCGAUUUCAAAAAAGCUGUAUCCACGAGAAGGUGUUCUCGAGCACGAGUGGAAAAAAUUCCGGAAAAAAUACGAAGACGAAGAAUUGGCGCGCUCCUAUUGGCCAAGCUGUCGAACCCGAGGGAUACCAGGAUUGGACUCAGCCACGUUUCCCCACCUUGUUCCUCCUGUAAAUUCACUUUUUACAGGCGUUAUUACAAAACUGACUGGCAUCUCCUAGACCAUGUCAUUACUCCUUAGUACUCCACACGGCGAGGAUCCUCUCACGAGUACCCACCUCCACCUUCACCACCACCAUCACCACACCACCUCCACCAUCACCAUCAUCACCACUACCAUCAUCGUCUCCACCACCGUCGUCACCACUUCCACACCAUCGCUCCACUCUUCUUUCUACCUUCACCAAGCCAACCCGUCACCAGCACACCAACAACCACCACCACCACCACCACCACCACCAUCAACCGCCUCCACCUCGGUAACCUCUUCUAUUUCUACUACUCUUCGUCCUCCUCCUCCUCAUCUUCCCACCUUUCGCGGCCGUGGAAGACGAGCAGCCACGCGCGGAUAUCCUGGCAGAGUGUUACGGAGAACGGAGAACAGUGGCACAGAACGCACGUUGCUCCAUUUUCGUGGAUCGAGCGCAGGAAGCCCGUUCUCUCAUCUCACGAUCCUUCCUUCCUAAAUCUUCCCUUUAUUUUACGUUCACAACCCAAUUCCCGUGCGCGUAACUCGAUCGAAUUUCGAAGGGAACAUUUCCAUUUUCCCGAAGAUCGGAGGAGAGAGAAAAAGAGAAAAAUUCGAAACGGUCAGGUGUUCUUUUCCUUCCGUUACAGUGGAAGUGGAUCGUCUAUCGCGGGCAGACAGUGGAAACGGACCGUUCGUGGCGCGGCUACACACGGAGAGACCGGUGGUGAACGAGUUCAAGCGCGGCCACCGACGAGCAUAUUUCGUAUACACACACAUAUAUAUACACACGUAACUAUACACGUGCGCGAACACGCGUAAUAUUACGUUAACCGCGCUUUCGUUUUCGACGAGAGGGAAGACAGAGUGCACUGGUGAUUCGUGAGAGACCCUGUUCCAGUGAGUUUCCAGGGACUGGCUCGAGAAGUUAGGAGGGCGAACGAAGGUCGUGCAGGUCCGUAGAGCCGAGCAGCGCGUCAUGGCUGCCACGAGGAUGGACUGGAAGAUUAGAUUAUACGCGAUCGUCUGGCUUCUGACAGCAGCAACGCUUCCAUGUCAGGCGGCGAGCCAUGACAACGGAGACAACGGAGAUGGAAACGCGGAGGACUCCGUAUUGGACGAGACAACCGAGGAUUAUUGGGCCGGAAGUGGAUCAAAUCCCGAGGAGGACGACAUGCUUCACAACGAAACCAGGGAAGCGUUAACGCACGAGGCCAGCGACCACGAAGCUGUGGUAUACGUUGGAGACGGAGCAGCGUAUGUGCCAGUACCGUCAUUGAAAGGAAGACCGUUGAGCCCGAAUCUUCAAGCUCUUCAAACUCUCCAGGGUUUGCAAGGAAUACCCGGAGGCGGAGGCACAGGGGUAGUCGGGGACGAGGAGUGGAAGAGGCAUCCGGAAUCUUGGGAUCGGGAACACAGGAGAUACAGGCCUAAUACCACUCGAGUUCAACACAUCGAGGCGGAAUGCCAGGACGACUACAUGAAGAUCAGGAUCGGUUUCAACGGUUCCUUCACCGGUCUUCUCUACUCGGCUGGUUACUCUUACGACCCGGACUGCAUGUACGUGAACGGAACAGGUCGAGACUACUACGAGUUCUACAUUCAGUUGAAUCGUUGCGGCACCCUUGGCGAGAACACCCAUCAUCAGGACAGUCGAAAAAAUCCUACGAAAAACCUGAUGUGGAACACGGUCACGGUGCAGUACAACCCGCUCAUCGAAGAAGAAUUCGACGAGCAUUUCAAAGUGACUUGCGAAUACGGAUACGACUUCUGGAAGACCGUCACCUUCCCCUUCCUCGACGUCGAAGUCGCGACGGGGAAUCCCGUAGUGUUCACCCUGCAGCCACCAGAGUGCUACAUGGAAAUCAGAUACGGUUACGGGACCACUGGAACUAGAGUGGCUGGACCAGUCCGCGUCGGGGAUCCACUGACUCUCAUUAUCUACAUGCGCAGCAAAUACGAUGGUUUCGACAUUGUCGUGAACGAUUGCUACGCUCACAACGGCGGAAAUAAAAGGAUCCAGUUGAUCGAUCAAUACGGAUGUCCCGUCGACGAUAAAUUAAUCAGCAGAUUCCGUGGAUCCUGGUCCGAGAGCGGCCUCUUCGAAACUCAGGUAUUCGCCUAUAUGAAAACGUUCAGGUUCACCGGUUCGCCAGCAUUGUAUAUUGAAUGUGACGUAAGAAUGUGCCACGGAAGAUGCCCGAGCCAACCGUGUCAUUGGAGAAAUGCCAAAAACGUAGCGAAACGUUCUUUGCCAGAAAUCGGUGGUCCAUCGACACCAGCGACGAGUCUGUCGGAGAAUGUGAAUCUCUUCCAAUCGUUACGUGUACUUCAAGAGGGCGAGGCGGAUACAGAAUUCUUCCAGAAUUCUACUACGGCUUUUCGAAGUGGAACCAAUGAACCCACGAACGAUAGAGUGUGCCUUAGAUCGACGGUUCUUAGUACGAUUAUAGGAAUCGGUUGUGGCUUUCUCUGUCUAAUGGCAGGAACGAUAUUAGCUAUGUGUUCGCGAAUUCGACGACAAGCUAGGGAAAAACUUCUAUCCGACAGCAUAAGUUAUAUGACCCACAAAGGUAGAAUUAACUGAACACGAUCACUUUGCAUAUUUUUCCCUUUUUCUCUUCUUCUUCGUUGCGUUUCCGUCGGUAUAAAUGUUUGAGGAAAUUGCCGGAGGAAUAUCCCCUGUUGGUAAUAAUGCGAGGAAGAUUACCGCAAUCGGUAAAAAUGGGAAUAAGCUCAAUACUUUCGAUCGACGGUUGUUAAAAACCAAGUUCACAAAUCAUAAUGUAUUUAAAAAUUGUGUAUCUAAAGUUAAGGAUAUUUAUACAGACGAGAUAUAGAUGUGAUAUUUUUGGAUUUUUCCAUGUUUUCAAAUACCGACCUCGAAAAAAAGGUAUCACACACGAUAUUACCAUUUUGACCAUUUACAUUCGCUCUAUUUUUCUUUAUUCUUUAUUGAAAAAUGUUUCAUAUAAAGGUUGAAUGUUUUUAAGAGAAAUAUAUUCUGAUAUUAAUUACGUUAUUACGUAAACAUUAAAUUACUUUCUUCAAAUAAAACUAUAUAUUUUUUGAUUCAAUAGAAGAUGCUCGUUAUUUACUAUAAAAAAAUACUAAACCAUUUUUAUAGCAAAAAUUCAUUAGUUUAGGGGAUAUUUAAUUAUAUUCAAUUAUCUCCUAAACUAAUCAUUUUUUGAUAUAUGUAUUUUUUUAUAAAGAAUGUUGAAAUGUAUUGAAUUAAAAAAUAUAUAUAUUCAUUUAAAAAAAUAAAUUGAUCUUUGUAUGUUCUUUACUUAUCAACAUACAAAAUAAUUAAUAGCAAAUUAUAUCCCAUUUUAAAAUUCAAUUUUUAUUUAAAACGUUUUUCAGUAUUAUCAAAAAUAUAUAUACGAAAUAUUACAUACAUCAUAUGAUCGAUAUAAUGCAUAAAAAAUAUCGAGUAUCUCGCAUUAACUUUAUUAUUUAAAAUAUUUCGUUUAUUUCAAAAAAUAGUAAAAAAUCAAAUAGAAAUUAAAUGUCAAUAAGAAUAUAUGAUGUAAUUAUAUUUCUUAUUAUAUAAAAAAAUAACGUUAAAUUCUAGGAACUAUUCAAAUCGUGGAAGAGAGAAAAACGAAGAGAAAAACUUGACCAAAAAUUCGAUUUUGUAUUAGGAGAACAUAAUACGAUAGGAAAUAGAUCGAGAAAUAUUUCUAGGAGUUUUGCCAAUUCUUGGAAAUGAUUCUCAUAUUCUAAAAAUUUUCAGGCUCCUUAGAAAUGACGUCGAAUUCUAGGAAUUAUCUAAAUCGUGGAAGAAAAGAAAAGAAAAUUUUAAUCAAAAAUUCGAUUUUGUAUUAGGAGAAUAUAAUAUGAUAGGAGGUCGAUCGAGAAUUUUUAUAUCAAAUAUUUUUAUGAUAUUUUGCAUAUUUUGCAUAGUUAGCUAUGAAUUAUUUCCCCCUUGUAUAUUUAUUCUUUGCAGUAAUCAUUUUUUAUGAUUUUAAUUCAGUUUUCCAUCAAUUUUCUUAAUUCUAAGAAUAAUUUCCAUUUGGAUAUCGAGAAUUAUUUUCUGCAGCAUUUAACAUUCAAGCAUUUUUUGACCAUUUUUUUAAUUUUAAUUUUAGAGAAUUUGAGAAUAUAGCUGUUUUUUUAUAUUAUAAGUAUUCAUUUUCUUUUAUAUACUAUUUACCCCACGCAUUCGUAUGAUUGAUGUAUACUACUUGUCUUGUAAUUAAUAUCAAUUAAUUUUAAUUAAUGUGAAUUAAUAUCAAUGAAUGUUGAUAUAAAGUUUUAAUUCCCAUCUCUACAAUGUUUUCAUGUACUGAAUCGAUAAUAUCGCAUGUGAUACGAAAAUGAUAAAGUGGUUAAGUGACUACUAAAUUUCUAUGAUAUAAUAAAUCUUUAUAUAUAUAUCACAUUUAUUUUAUUGCUCGUCUGUGUUUAAAUGUACGAAAUUAAAUUAGGAAAAUUGAGAUAUAUUGUGAUAAAUAUAAUUAGGUAUCUCUAUUCUUUUCCUUUUUUUUUCUUUUUAGACAAUUAAUUAGCCGUCGAUGUGAACGAAAUGUUGGUCGUCAAUGAUUGAAUUUUUAUUUUCUAAAUGUUAGUUUUUUUUUUUUUCUUUAUAAUUUCGUUUAUCGUACAAUUGAAUUAUCGUCAGUCGAUAAUAAUGAUCAAAGAUGAAUUUAGAAGGCAAGAAUUUGUCACGUUUUAUAUCGAAUGCGCAAAUGGGAAAAAAUUUGAUUUAAAUAUUAAUAAAUAAGGUUAAAAACGCUUUUUUCUCGAUUAUGCGUAUAUUAAUGAAACCGAAUAAUUAGAUAUACAGGCGUUUCUAAUGCCAUUGAUGAGAUUCAGUACUUUAAGUAUGUCUAAUUGCAUUACUCGCCAUAUUCAGGAACGCACAAAUGAUCAAGGUCUCGAUUUACAGCUGAAUAAAUAACUGAUUAUAUUCUAUCUAAAAAUCAAUAUAAUUUGUACAAUUCUUUUAAAUUUUAAAUCACCGUCUCACGAAUAAUGGCUAUAUCAAAUAAAGAUAGUUAGUCCAGCUGUAGCUUCGAGACUGAAUAAUAUUAAGAAUAAAAACUGAAUAAACCGAAGUUUCUGAAUGUUCGCGAAUAAUGCACUAUAUAGUAUAAUAUAAGCAUCGCUAUGCAAUAAACAGCUACAAUAUUUAGGUUUAUACUUAUAUGCAUAAUGAUAUAUACGCAGCGUCCAAGUGUGUCUGGAUAUCCCCUUAUUUUUUUUUUUUUUUUUUUCAUACUAUCAUAUACAAUUUUUUUUUUUAACUGUUUUAAAUUCUCGAGAGGCAGGAACAUCAUGGAAUUGCCACGAGCGUGAACGGCCAGUGAGGAUUAAAUAAUAUUUCGCGAGAUCACCCCGCGCCGUGGAGAGCCAAAGAAACUCAGUAGUUCAGCUCUCGUCAUGAUAAUUUAUUUCGAAAACUAUCUUUCGCCAAUCUGCGAAAUAUUAAUUUCCCCUCCUGGUCGUUACGAAAAUAUUUUCGUACGUUCUUAUUUUUGGAUAUACUCUCCCCUCCCAUUUCUGAUGGACAAUUAACAAAUAGGAUCCACCUGCUCGAUCGAAUUGUAAAUAUAGCAAUGUAUGAUCCACAAUAUUUAUAAUUAAACUCGAAUGUAUCAAGGUUUCCAAUAAACAGUAGAAAGAGAA